UGCCAUCACCGCAGCAUCUCUCUUAAUCUGGAUGAACUUUAGAAAGGCAGCUAAAAGGAAGCGUUUCAGCAUGUGAGGAUUAAUCUUGUCAGCAUUUUAUUCGAGUCUCCCCUGCUGCAUCCAUUCUUUGGAUUACUCUGGAAAGCUGUGGGAUUUCUCUGUCACUUCUGGAUCUUUUUCCACUGCUCUUGCUGGUGGUUUUUUAAAAAGUGCUGCUGAGGGAAACGAGAACGGCACGCCUCACAUUUUUGCGUAUCUACCUGCCAUCCUCAUUCCUGUAACCACACAUCCUAGCUGAUCACUUCAUAUUUUCGCACACUCCUGGAUUAGUUCUUCGGUCAGCUGACCAAUCACCUUCCUGUGACCUCACACCACGCCUCAUCCCAGGCCUUUGAGGGCCAUCCCUGGUGGCCUGGUCACAGUGCGUUGCGGGGGGCCGGGGUCACCCCCUGCUCCCUAUGACUGUGCCAGGGAGACGGAGAGCCGCUGGGCCUGGGAGAGAGACGAAAGCAGAGGCCAGCGGAUGGAGAGCAGCGGCUGCAGCCCCUUCCCUCUGUGCUGGGCACGAGGAGCCUGCGUCUACUCCUACCCUCCCCCUCUGCCAAAAUAUGACGGACAGUUAGCACCCACCAAAGCCAUGGCAGCGGCUUACCUGGACCAUGCCCUGAACCAGGGGGUCAAGCCUCACUUCAGCGCAGGGAUGGAGCGCACGGCAGGGGCUCUGGAGCGCGUACUCCGAGUCUUCCACUACUUCGAGAGCAGCAGUGAACCCUGCACUUGGGCCAGCAACAUCCGACACGGGGACUCUACCGAUGUCAGGGGCAUUAUACAGAAGAUGGUGGACAUCCAUAAGGUGAGGUGUGUGUCCUGCUUUGGUCUGCGCCUGAGCCACCUGAGAACAGGGGAAGUUCAUUGGCUCCACCCCGACAUGGGUGUGUCUCGCGUGAGGGAGCGGUACGAGCACAGCCAUCCCCAGGACGACUGGAGAUAUGAGCUACGGAUUCGAUACUUGCCUAAAGGAUUUUUAAACCAGUUUACUGAGGACCAGCCAACUCUCAACUACUUUUAUCAUCAGGUGAAAAGUGAUUAUAUGAUGGAGAUUGCCGAUCAAAUUGAUCAAGAUGUAGCACUUAAACUUGGCUGCCUUGAAAUAAGGCGUUUUUUCAGGGACAUGCGUGGAAACGCCCUGGAUAAAAAAUCGAAUUACGAAUUGAUAGAGAAGGAUGUUGGUCUACGGAGAUUCUUUCCAAAGAGUUUAUUAGACUCGGUAAAGGCUAAAUCCCUGCGGAAACUGAUCCAGCAGACUUUUAAACAGUUCGCCAGUCUGAACGACGAGCAGUGUAUCCUCAAGUUCUUUGAGAUCCUUUCACCUAUAUACAGAUUUGAUAAGGAGUGUUUUAAAUGCGCUCUCGGGUCGAGCUGGGUGAUAUCAGUGGAGUUGGCCAUCGGACCCGAGGAGGGCAUCAGUUAUUUGACGGACAAAGGCUCAAAUCCAACGCACCUCGCUAACUUCACACAAGUGCAGAGUAUCCAGUUCGAGGAGCGAGAAAGGAAGGGAGUGCUGCAGUUAGACGUGGCCGGAGCACCCGAGCCUUUGACAGUAACAGCUACAGCACUGAACACAGCGGAGAACAUGGCCGAUCUCAUUGAUGGUUACUGUCGGCUUGUUAACGGAACUUCGUCAUCGUUUAUUGUCCGUGUACAGAAAGAAGGAGAGAGAGCUCUUCCGUCUAUCCCAAAAGCUCCAAAAUCCGCAAACCAUGAGAAAAGAUUGCAAGGAGUCCAGGCCAAAGCCAUCUCCGUUUCAGAUGAUAUUGGUGGGGAUGAAACCGAUGACUAUGCUGAGAUCAUAGACGAAGAGGACACAUACACCAUGCCUUCCAAAUAUUAUGGACUAGAUGAAGCCAGGGACUAUGAGAUCCAAAGAGACAGAAUUGAGCUGGGACGCUGUAUCGGAGAGGGCCAGUUUGGAGACGUCCAUCAAGGGAUUUACAUAUGUCCGGAGAACCCAGCUCUUUCCGUGGCGGUAAAGACGUGUAAAAAUUGCACCUCGGACAGUGUUCGAGAGAAGUUUCUCCAGGAGGCAUUGACCAUGCGACAGUUCGAUCACCCACAUAUUGUAAAGCUGAUUGGCGUCAUUACAGAAAACCCAGUGUGGAUCAUCAUGGAGCUGUGCACACUGGGGGAGCUGCGUUCCUUUCUUCAGAUUAGGAAGUACAGUCUGGAUUUAGCAUCACUCAUCCUGUUUUCUUACCAGCUCAGCACAGCUCUUGCGUACCUGGAGAGCAAACGCUUUGUACACAGGGACAUUGCGGCACGGAAUGUUCUGGUGUCUUCAGUGGACUGUGUGAAGCUGGGAGACUUUGGUUUGUCUAGAUAUAUGGAGGACAGCUCUUAUUAUAAAGCCUCUAAAGGAAAACUGCCUAUUAAAUGGAUGGCACCAGAGUCAAUAAACUUCAGACGUUUUACCUCAGCCAGCGAUGUGUGGAUGUUUGGGGUGUGUAUGUGGGAGAUACUGAUGUACGGAGUAAAGCCGUUUCAAGGCGUGAAGAAUAACGAUGUGAUCGGCCGAAUUGAGAAUGGCGAGCGUCUGGCAAUGCCGCCCAACUGCCCACCAACCCUCUACAGCCUGAUGACCAAGUGCUGGGCGUAUGACCCCAGCAAACGACCACGAUUCACCGAGCUCAAAGGCCAACUAAGUACCAUCCUCGCGGAGGAGAAGGCUCAGCUGGAAGAACGUAGCCGUAUGGAGAUGAGGAGGCAGGUCCCCGUAUCCUGGGAUUUAGGAGGCUCGGAUGAAGCACCACCCAAACCCAGUCGACCUGGUUAUCCAAGUCCCCGCUCCAGUGAAGGGUUCUACCCUAGUCCUCAGCACAUGGGACAGCACAACCAUUAUCAGAUGGCAGGGAACUCUGGCCCACAUGGCUUGCUUCCAGUGCCCGGUGGGAUGUACCCUUCCCAGGCCGCAGGGACUGUGCUUGAUCCCCACGACAGCUGGAACCAUCGCAGGGCAGCUCAGGAUCACAUGUGGAAUCCCAGCAUGGAGGAUGGUGUGGCUGUGUGUGCUGGUCUGUCUCAGCUGAUGGAGGAGCAGUUAUUGCUUCAGCAGCAGCAGAUGGAGGAGGAUCAGCGUUGGUUGGAGCAGGAGGAGAGACUACUGAAGCCUGAUGGGAGAAGUUCCCGAGGCAGCAUUGACCGUGAUGAUGGAAGCCUACAGGGACAAACUGGAAACCAGCACAUCUACCAACCUGUAGGGAAAGUAGAACAUGCAGCACCUCCUAAAAAGCCUCCUCGGCCUGGCGGUCCCAGCCACCCAGCAGGAGUCUCUGGCCUCAAUCCUACAGACAGCUACAAUGAAGGCGUGAAGAUUCAGCCACAGGAGAUCAACCCACCCCCAACAGCUAACUUGGAUCGCUCCAACGAUAAGGUCUAUGAAAAUGUGACCGGGCUGGUGAAGGCUGUGAUUGAGAUGUCCAGUAAGAUCCAGCCAGCUCCCCCUGAAGAAUACGUGCCCAUGGUGAAGGAAGUGGGAUUAGCACUGAGAACACUGCUGGCCACUGUGGAUGAGACCAUACCUUUACUACCAGCUCACACGCGCAGAGAGAUCGAAAUGGCUCAAAAGCUGCUAAAUUCAGACCUGGCAGAGUUGAUCAAUAAGAUGAAGUUAGCCCAGCAAUACGUCAUGACCAGCCUGCAGCAGGACUAUAAGAAACAGAUGCUAACAGCUGCACACGCACUUGCCGUAGAUGCCAAGAACCUUCUAGAUGUGAUUGACCAGGCCAGGCUGAAGAUGUUGGGCCAGACACGGCCGCAUUAAGCCCCACUAGAGGUUAUGAUGACGUGACGUGAUGCCCUGGACAAAUACACCAGCACAGACUUGAACACUAAUGGAGUCUCAUGGGCCCCCUUCACUACUCACUGACCCUCACGUUUAACCUGCAUGGUAGACCACGGGUGCUGUGAGGAAGGCUCUGGAUUUGUUACACAGAUGAGCUGGACCGGACCAGACUCAUCACGACUGGUCUCUUCGAGACUAGACCCUGAGAGGACGAUUCUGAGCUCUGCUAUGAGCUUUAAACAUAUCUGGAGGAAAACAGACACUCUUACACUGUAUCUAGUAUGUCUGUGUUUCAUCGGCAAGCCCAAGCUCCACAGCCAGACCACACAAAUCUAGACCACACAAAUCUAGAUCGGGUUCUGGCUCUAGAACCGUAGAAGUUGAGACUCCGUUUUGCACAGUAGAACUUGAGUAGAGUCUGGAUUAGCAAAAUCUGGGUUUGAAGAGUCUGGUUUUGCUUUUCGGACUCUCACGCUUCUCCCCAGGACUAAGAGGGACAGCGUUGUAUAUUUGGGCCUUGUGCCACCUAGAGGUUAAAUAAAGCUAUGACUGAAUAAAAAA